AGCAAAUCUACAAAAAUACUCCAUACUUUCUUCCUAAUUACUUUCAAGUUUCAACCAAACAAUGGAAGUUAAUUCCAUUCCCUCUACUUCCUUUCAACCAAACAAACCUGUGGAAGUUUUCAUUUCCUCCCACUUCCUUUCUCUCCAUUUCCUUCCUCUCUACUCCCUUCCUUUACCAAACAUAGUGUAAGAGUUCUUGUAUCAAUUUUGGAAUCUCCUGCAACAAAGUCGCCGGAAAAAAUGGAGGUGAAAGAAGCCGGGUCGUCGCUGGACUCGCUCAUCUCCUCAUUCAACGCUCGCAUCGCCGAACUCCAGCAACUCGUCAUCGCUAGAAACAUGUAUCCAGCGGGUAGUGUACCCGAUUUAUCGGAAGUAGACUCGGCACUCACUGGAAUGGAGCUCCAGCUUGAGAAGAUCCGAACCCGACUGCGAGAAGAAUCUGAAGCCAUCCCCAAAGCCAAAAAGCUGAUAGAGGCAUCAUUGAAACAACAAAAGAAACUACAGAGUCUUGCAGCCAAGGUUCCAUUGAAUUUGUCUGGAAGAAUGACUCACAUGAGUGACACCACAGAAGAUUCUGUUAAGUGUGUUCAACAAGAUUCUUGUUCAUAUGACUUGAGUCUCGAGUCUCUGAAAAUUGAGGAGCAUGCACCAAGAGAGAAAAAGGGUCGUGCUUCUCCACCGUUGUGGUACCUUAGUGCUGAUGAAUUGAAUUCCUUGCCAUCGUACAUGAGAGGGAGGCUCACUCUUGAUAAGGUCAAUGCAGCAAUAAAUGACAUUGUAACAUAUGCUGAAGCAAAUUCCCAGCUUAUUACAGCCCCUAGAAAAAAAUUGACUGAGGAUAUUGUGGAGAGAGCAAUGGAAUUAAGAGAUAUUGCGGCUACAGAACCUUUUAAGGGGAGACACUUCUUUCUUGAGUCAGACAUUAAAGGCCCUUCUCUAAAGCUUGACAAUACAGGAAAAGCAAUAUUGACUGUUCUUCGACACACGGGUCGUAUUACUGAAGGUCGAAGUGGGCAUAACCGCAUCUUCCUACUUGUAAGGCCACCUCAAUAAUAAAUUUGCUAAUUACGCUUUAUAUCCAAGCACGAAUGGAAGUAUGUAGAAAAAUGUUUUCCUCCCAAGUUUGACAUUAAUAUACUUUUUAGUUCGCACACACAUACAUGAAUGAAGUACAUGCAUGUUGUGUCAGUGCAACAAAAAAGGAUAUUGAUGUCAAAUUUAGGGUGAAACUAACAUUGCCCUUGUAUGUAUUAUGUUACCUGGAACUACCUUUAUACUCUAUAUCUGUUACAAGUACUUUGGCUUAGUGUUAUUAUUUUCUUUGAAUUGUUGGAUGCCAAUUGGCAUAUAGUGUAAUU